CACAAAACCCAGGUAUUUCUUAGGGAUUCUUUAUCCUCAAUGAUUCAAGUUCAUGGGUCCUUAGAGAAUGAUCUCCGUAAGCUCCGAACUCUUCCCUCCAAGGGAGAUAUCAAUGAGUUUGACAUUCUGGUGAGCGCAAUUGAAAGCUCGCUGGAGGAGCAAAAAACGAAUGCCUCACCAACCGCGUAUUUGAUUGCUUUACUGGCACUCAUUAAAGAAAUCAAUGACUUAAACAGGAGUAUGCGGAUUCAGACGUUCCAAUUACUGGAAGUAAUUGUAAAACACGUGGCUCCUAAUGUUUUACAGGCUAAACUGCCGCACAUCAUGUCGGUUCUUGUUCCUAUCGUGAACAGAGAGGAGUCUAACAAGGCCUUUUUUGUACAUUAUUUGAAUGUCAUUGAACGACUUUUAGUUGCUCAAGACUAUAGUUCUUGGAUCAAGGGUGAUUCUUGCAAAACUGCAAUUUAUAUUCUUCUCUUUUUUGCUUUAUCAACAGCUGAAAAGCCUAGAACUCGCGCAUUGCAAGUUAUUUCCAAGGUUUUGAAAUCACCACCUCCGGGUCCUGUUUUCGAACACCCCGCCAUGAAGUAUGUUACUAGUGAACCAUUACGUUUAUUGGAAGCUCUUUCCGUGGCUAAAAAGUCAAAGACUCCCGCAGAAAUUCAACGCCUUAAUCAUGGCCUUCUCCUUGUUCGCACAAUCUGCUUGUCUGCCCCCUGGCCCUCCGCAUACCUUAUGAAAUUAUGCAACGUUUGCACUCAAAUCAUUGAACAACGCAGUACUCAGUCUAUUCACCUUGUUUUUCAAAUAUAUGAAGGUCUCUGCAAGAAGUUUUCUGAUACUACAAAUUUCGAAGGAUUGCGAUUGGCCCUCACCACUCUUCAAAAACUUCAACCCUCUGAGUAUGAUUCUCAACUUUUGGUCCCAUGGUUGAAGGCCAUGAACAGUGCCGUUGAGUCUCUUAAUGAACUUUCCAAGGCUGAAGCUGUAUCGGACUGUGUCGCUAGAUUCUCUCGCGUCUUCACUUUGCUUGAGUCGGAUUCUGUGGAAGUGCGUUUAGAAGCCGCUACUACAUUAUGCACCAUAAUUAGUUGUUUAGACGGUACAUCAGAAUCUCUUCCCAUUGCAUCCCAAUUAUGUAAUCAUCUAUGUGAUGCUCUAAAAAGUGUUCACUAUCGUUUUGCUUAUCCCGAGUGUUUUCAAAUUAUAUCUCGGUUAUGCGAAACUCUUGGAAAAGCUUCUGAUCCUGUUUUGAUUCCAGCUUUAAAACUUAUCGAUUACAUUCGUGGUGCUGAGACAUUUGACGGGAAGGUUCUAGCAGAUGAGGUAAUUGGUUCUUUUGUCCGCGUCCUUGGACCUGAAACUGUUUUGCGUGUUCUUCCUCUAAACUUGGAAAUGCAGACUGCCAACGCUGUUGGGCGGGCUUGGCUCCUUCCAGUCUUGCGUGACAACACACUAUUUACAAACCUUUCACAUUUUAGUAGCUACUUUAUACCUCUCAGUGGGUCCCUUUAUCAAAAGGUGUUGGAUAUGGAUGAUCUUGACAGCGUUCCUGCAAAGCUAUACCAAACCCUUGUUGAUCAAAUUUGGACAUUGCUACCUGGUUAUUGCUAUCUUCCAGUUGACUUACAGCAAGCCUUCACUAAUGAUUUUGCCGGUAUCCUUGUGAAUGUUUUAUAUGAACAAGUUAGCUUGCGAUCAGUAAUCUGCAAUAGCUUAACCUUAUUGGUUGAAACAAACCAUAAAGUCGCAAACAAUAUUCCUCUUCAGGUUGCCGUUCCUGCACCGUUAGAUGCUCAGGAAGCUUCUCAGAACCUGCAAUAUUUGGGCAGUAUUGCUUCCAACUUUCUCUCUGUUUUAUUGAAUGUUUUUUCCUCUACUUCUUCUCAAUACCGUUACCCUAUUUUAAAAUGUAUUCAAACGUGGCUCUCCAUCUCUCCACCCGAUACCGUUUCUUCUGUUUAUAAAAAGAUUACGGAUCUUCUUCCUAACAGCUUGGACGAAUUAGCUGGCUCUUAUAAAAUUUCGGGUGAUAGUAGUGCUACACCUAUGGCUUAUUCUUUGAUGGACUUGCUUGUUGUUUUAUCCCAAUUUUUGAACCAGGAAUACUGUCCUGCAUUGUUUAAUUAUGUUCAAGAAUUUUUAAAUCACCAGGAUACAGCAAUCCAGAAAAAGGCUUACAAGCUGUUGUCUGCUAUGUUACGUACAGAGUUUGGUAGAGAAUUUGCAGCUCAAAAUAUGGUUAAGGUCUUUGAGUUACUUUUUAGUGUCUCUAAUCGGGUCGUUUCAUCCACCCGUAAGGAUCGCUUGGUUAGUUUAACAGAGCUCUUCAAGAUUCAAUCUGAUGAGCUUAACAGCGUUAUUCCCAGGGUAUUACCGGAAGCAAUCAUUGCAACCAGGGAAGUUAACGAAAGGGCUCGUUCUGCUGCCUUCCAACUUCUGAUGACUAUCGCUGCCUCUGCGGUAGAAUCCAACCUUUUUGGGGAAUCUACACCUGUAAGAGUGGAGAAGUUCCUUUCAGUCAUUAGUGCUGGUUUAGCAGGUUCAUCCACCCACAUGAUUAGUGCUGCUAUUAUUGCAAUUUCAAGUGUGGUGCUUGAAUACAAAUCCUAUAUCACUCAACAAUUUUUGCUUGAGUUGAUGAAUACUAUGAACUUAUUCAUGAAAUCUGCAAAUAGAGAAAUUGCAAAGGCAGCUAUUGACUUUACAAAGAUUGCUAGCUCUACUUUGCCUCCAGAUUUUGUUAAGCCACUUCUUCCUGAGCUCAUCCCCAAUCUAUUAGCAUGGUCUCAUGAGAGCAAAGGUCAUUUUCGUGCCAAGGUUAAGCAUAUAUUGGAAAAAAUGGUUCGAAAAUUUGGAGUUGCAGCCGUAGAACCAUAUGUCCCAAUUAAUGACAAGAAGCUUAUCUCAAAUAUACGGAAGACACAAGAGCGAAACCUCCGUAAACGCGGCCAGAAACGCGAAGAGAAGCCUGUAGCAGCCGUGCCUCGUAAGAGUUUUGCUUCCGCUUAUGAGCAAGCCGUUUACGAUACGGAAAGUGAAGAUGAGGAAGAAGAUAUGGACGAAUCUAUGGAAGAUACCAAUAAUGCUAGAAUGGAGAAAUCGUAUGUUAAAGAAGAUGAUGAAGAUGAACCUUUGGAUUUGUUGGAUAUGGAAGCCAUCUCCAAGAUUUCGUCUACUGAUCCCUCAAAACAGACGAAUCGCAAGCCAGCGGCUCCUAGCUCUUCAUUUAAGUCGAAUGAGGAAGGCCUUUUGUUGUUUGAUGAGUCUGAACCAGAAUCUGAUGGAAAUGAAGGAUUAAUUGGUGCAAAAGAGCAUGCUGAAGUUAAUCGGCAAUACAUGGAAGCAGUUUCUGGCGAAGCAAGCUUCCAACGAGGAUUAAAUAAUAAGUUGAAGUUUAGCAAUAAGCGUGUACGUGAUGACUUUGACGAGGAUAUGGAAGAGGCUGAUGGCACGAGUUCUUCUAAGAAAUCACAGCAAGCUAGAAAGACAUUCUCGAAAAACCGAAGCAAGAAACAGAAAAAACCAAAAGGUUAUUAAAUAGCUGAUGCUUACAGUCUAUUUUCUAUUGUGUCCUAUUCCGUUGGUCUUUGUCUUUAGAUUACCAUUGGCUUAUUUUGUUUAUUCAUACGCUGGGUACAUUUCGGUUGGGUUUAAUAUGGUUUUUUGGAAAUUUGAAAAGGGAAACAAUUCUAAUUGAAAUCUAAUAGAAAAAAGGUUCUAAAAACAGAACCGUGGUCCUGAUUUUAUUUUUUGUGUACGACUUUUAUGUAAUAGUGAAAAGAAUUGUAAGUCUUAAUGUUGUCCGUGUGCCAUCAAUACAACAACAGUAGAUCG